AUGGCUGUUGCAAAUUCUUUGUACCAGAUGGCUCGUGCUCGCAACUGGGAGCAGUGCUUGUCCACAUUGGGCACCAUGCAGAACAGGUGCAGGUCAUUUGACAUCGUGAAUUUCAACAUCUGCAUCCAUGCGUGCCGGCAUCGCUGGGAGCAAGCUCUUGCGUGCUUCAGGCACGCUCGCCAGCAGAGGUUGCAACCCUCCGUUGCGACAUUUGGGUCCUUGUUCGCAGCAUUGGGCGCGGGACACAGGUGGGUCCAGGUUCUUUCAUUGUUGCAGCAUGUGCCUCGCACAUGGGACAACACCUUCGUUUUGACCAACGUGGUGCUCGGGGUAUUCAAGAAAGCCCAUCGCUGGGAUCUCGCUGUGGAGUUGUGCGCUGGAUGGAGCAUGGCAAGGACUCUCGACCAUGUUGGCAUGAUGGAGCUGGUGGGUGCAUGUUCCAAAAGUUACAGAUGGCAAGAAGCACUUUCACUUGCCUGUGGAUGUCCGAACCAGGGGCCCAAGGAGCCCAAGCAGCCCAAGCUGCAAGUAUACAACUGGUUGCUAUACGGCUUCAGGGGUGGAGCUUGCUGGCAAGCAGGCAUUGCUUUGCUGAGUGCAGCUUCGAGACAUGUGGCAACAAACACAGUUUCUCAUCGGCAUUUGAUGUUUCUACUGGAAGCUGCUCCGUGGCAACAGGCAAUUCAACUGUUGCAGGAUUCAUGUGGAUGGUCUCAGCGCUGGGGAGAGGCCGAUGCAGAAACAAUAGUGCUGGCCAUUGCAAUCAUGGAAUGUCAGCAUCGGCCCGCAGAGAAUCGGCACAUCUUUUCCCAGGUUGUUCAUCACAAACUCUGCGUGCAACGAAGAGAUGGCAGCGCAGCCUUCACAGGCAAAGGCGCACACAACAUCACCAUUUUACAUGAUUCCUGGAUGAAGGCUGGAUUGACUUCUUUGCUGGAGCCUGCUUGGUGCCGCCAUUUUCUAAGCCCUGUCAGUGCUUCCUUACGAGUGAAAUGCCCUGUCCAGUCCAGCGCGAUGGACCGCCUAUCCCACACAACUCUGAAGAAUGCGCAUGUUGUUCCCGGCUCCGUCGCGCGGUUAGCCUCAGAAGUCAAUUCUCUCCGUGGUGCAUCACGCUGGAGAACAACGUGGUGGAAGCAAGCACAGCUCGCUUUGCGUCCUUUGUUUGCGGAGUCGACAAUUCUCCGAAGGGCUGAUGCUGGCACCGUGCGCGCAUGGAUCGGUUCGGGCGUGCGCCACAUUGCGAACUAUCGGCAAGUCUUUGCCGAGUGCGUUUGCAGCAAUGACAAUAUCGUGAAAGGAAGCUACGAGUUCCACAUUCAGGAGCUUGCCGCUACAGCGCGAGAUUCCGGCGAUGUGAGAGCAUGGGCCGGUCCAUCGAUUGCUGCUGCAUGGAGUGCUGGGCUGGGAACUCACGCAAAUCCGGCCUCUAGUUCAGGCCAGUCCUCCUUCACCAGGGCUAACUCUGCGUGGCUGGAUGAAGUGCUCAAGGCCGAACGAGCCGCCAUGGCUGCGGCCAUGGUUAAGCACAUGGAGGAUCACCAUCGCCACUUGCUGAAAAGAUUCCAAGAUUGGAGCGAACUACAGGCUAAGAAUGCCAAGUCUGAGAUGCAGAAGGCUGCCUUGUCGGCAGCACAGGACUUUGGUGGUGCAACUGGGGGAUCCAUUGAUGCCGAGAGGGCCAGGCUGAAGUCCUUAGCCGAGACCCUGGAGAAAGAGCGAGAGGAACUGAAUCAGUGGAAAACCUCUGCCUUUGUCCAGAUCAGCGACCAUAAAAGUGCUGUUGCCAAUGCUGCAGCAGCCGCAAUUGCGCUUGAGAGCGGAAGUGCUGCCAAGUUCAGAUGGAAGCUUGCGACGGCAAGAAUAGUGAACCUUCUUGGAAACCGAAACAAGAUUUCACUGGUGGACAAGAUGAAGAAGAACAUGAAAGCAUCCAUGCUCGCAACGAUGCCAGAGUUUAAUGAUGUUCCAGCUGAGAGGCACAAGACAAUCUCAGUGGUUUGGGAAGAAAGGAGUCCCAUGGAGAUGCUUCUGAGGGGGGUGCCCUGCUUGCGGCGAGUCGUUACCAGCUACGUCUUCGAGCUAAUUUUCGUCUCGCUCAUCCUCCUGAACUGCAUUUCCAUGAUGGUUCAGAUCGAGUUUUUUGGGCUGUUUCUGGCCACCAGCAUGGGCAUCAAAACCGGGAUGGAGACAGACUACAACGAGAUUUUCUACAACAUCGAGCUGGGUUUUGGUCUUGUGUUUUCAGCCGAGAUCCUUGUCAAGUUCGUUGCCUACGGGUUGUUGGAUUUCUGGAAAUUUGGCUGGAACUUGCUGGACCUGUUUAUUGUUCUGACCUGGGCAAUCGACGCGGGAGGGCUUGCGGUUGAGAUCAAUCCAAUGGUGUUCCGCAUGUUGCGGAUUGCAAAGCUUGGCCGAAUCGUGCGAGUGUUAAAGGUCAUUCAGCGAUUUGACUCGCUUCACCUCCUGUUGGGCUCGAUCAGGGCGUCUUUUGAUAUACUGGCAUGGUCUGCGCUCGUCCUCCUUAUUCUGAUGACGGUUUGUGCUCUGGCUUUGUCCCAAUUUCUGCAGGGUUGGAUUGAAGCUUCCAGCAGUUCGGAUGACAUCGUUCGGCAAGAAGUCUGGAAGCUGUUCGGAACCGUGGGGCGUUCCAUCGUCUCGAUGUUUGAGCUAACGCUCGCCAACUACUCAGGCAUUACACGAUCUCUGAUGGAGAAUGUCAGUGCUUGGUUCGCAGUCGCGAUUCUCAUUUACAAGCUUGUAGUGGGCUUUGCCGUGCUGAAGGUUAUCACAGGCAUCUUCAUCCAACAGACCAUGCGUGUAGCCAACGAAGACGACGAACUCCUCCUCUUGCAGAAGAAACGGCUCGUGGACAGCCAUGCAAAAGGUGUAGCUUGGCAAUAUGCAGUCGGCCAAGAAUCCAAUUUCUCUGGGUUCACGUCGUCAUAUUCAAUUUCCAAUAAUGCCAUCGUUGUCAACGGACAUGUGCCGCUUGGUGUGACGACUGCUUUUACCACCCUCUUGAAUCUUGCGAGUGUCACUCGUGUGUUUCGCCUUUUCGAGAUCACAGCCAUUUGUUCUGAUCACCAAUUUGAAAUAUUUUGA